AGGCCGGACCGCGAGCUCGCUCAGUUGUUCCGCGCGAGUCGCCGCUUCAGUCGGUGUGAGAGAGACGGAGUGAAAAAUAUAUUAAUAAAUAAAUAAAAUAAACAUAAAAUGAAACCAAUUCUCAAUAAAAAUGAGCUGCAAUAUCCCUCCGAGUGAUGAGCCACAUCGUAACAGAACUCCACUGGUUUUGGAAUUAACUAUCAAAAUGUGCGGCUAGUAUUACUGGAUACUGUAUUCAAAAAAAUAUAUAUAUAUUGAAAAAAAUAAAUAAAAAUGACCGUUUCUUCUGCUCAGACAAAACCCCGACACUGGCCGCUGUGAGAAAAAAUAAAUAAAUAAAAAAAAAAAAAGGAUUUACUUGAAGACAUCGCCGUAUCCAAUUAUAUUUCUCUCUCUCACUUUCUAGCGGAUCCAAAACCAGACAACGCAAAACACUAUAAAGAUACAUAUAUAUAUUUAUUAAAAAAAAAAAAAAUAAUAAUUCAUCGAUAUUUUCUAAUAGUUUUAAGGACUGAAAGUUUACACCCCAAGUUUACAACUUGCUGACAGGAUGUCGUGAGGGAGGAAAGGAGAGAGCGAGACAGUUGACUGGAGAAGGAGGAGGAGAAGAAGAGGGGGAGGUAGGCGACAAAACAGAGAGAGGGAGGAAAAGAGGAAGACUUUUUGAUGGCGACAGACGCGGGUGAACCAGCUGGCACCGAGGAAUCGGAAAAAACUGAUGGAGUGAGUGUGGAGAAGAGGAGGGUGCCGGAGAGAGAGGGGGGCAGCGACAGCAGCCCUGGGGGCAACAGGAACGGCGCUGGCCUGGGCAAAACCACGGCCGUGGUCCCUCUGACCGUUUCUACUGCGCUGGUCUCUGCUUCAAGCCCUCCAUCUUCCCCUUCCCUGAGAAUAAAUCAGCCUGCCUCCCGCGGCGGGAUGGACGCUAGCGACGCCGUGGGAGCGGGGGUCUCCAAGUCCGGCUCCUCUAGUGGCGGGAGGGAGAACAACAAGCGUUUCUUCCGCAAGAGCGUGGAGCUGUGCGAGGAAGAGGAGGAGGAGAGAGAAAUCGCUAAACGGGGCGGCACUCUCACAGAGAGCUCCGACAGCGUGUUUGCCAACAUCCCCGGAGCCCCGCUGUCUUCAACGCCACAGCCUGCAGUCCGGCAAACCGGCAUCUCCACCCCCGGUAAAGACCGACCGGCCAACACCACCGCCCCCGCCACUGCCGCAGCAGCUGCUGCCAUCGCCGCCGCGGCCAGAGUGAGGACGGAGAAGGAGCUGGAGGAGGAGGCGGAGAUGAAGGCAGUGGCCACCUCGCCCGGGGGCCGGUUUCUCAAGUUCGACAUCGAGCUGGGCAGGGGAGCCUUCAAGACCGUCUACAAGGGGCUGGACACUGACACCUGGGUGGAGGUGGCCUGGUGCGAGCUGCAGGACCGGAAGCUGACUAAGAUGGAGCAGCAGCGUUUCAAGGAGGAGGCGGAGAUGUUGAAGGGGCUCCAGCACCCCAAUAUCGUGCGUUUCUACGAUUCCUGGGAGUCCUCUCUGAAGGGGAAGAAGUGCAUCGUCCUGGUAACCGAGCUCAUGACCUCCGGCACCCUCAAAACGUACCUGAAACGCUUCAAGGUGAUGAAGCCCAAGGUCCUCCGGAGCUGGUGUAGGCAGAUCCUCAAGGGCCUUCACUUCCUGCACACGAGGACCCCUCCCAUCAUCCACCGGGACCUGAAGUGUGACAACAUCUUUAUCACCGGCCCCACGGGCUCCGUGAAGAUCGGCGACCUGGGACUGGCCACGCUCAUGAGGACCUCCUUCGCCAAGAGCGUGAUCGGCACCCCUGAGUUCAUGGCUCCAGAGAUGUACGAGGAGCACUAUGAUGAGUCUGUAGAUGUCUACGCCUUCGGCAUGUGUAUGCUGGAGAUGGCCACGUCGGAAUACCCCUACUCCGAGUGCCAGAACGCAGCCCAGAUCUACCGCAAGGUCACCAGCGGGAUCAAACCUGCCAGCUUCGAGAAGGUGAGCGACCCAGAGAUAAAGGAGAUCAUUGGGGGGUGCAUCCGGCAGAACAAAAGUGAAAGACUCUCUAUUAAGGACCUCCUGACCCACGCGUUCUUUGCCGAGGACACUGGGGUGCGUGUGGAGCUGGCGGAGGACGAUGAUGGGGUGAAGGACUCCCUCGCCCUGCGGAUCUGGGUGGAGGACCCCAAGAAGCUGAAAGGGAAGCACAAAGACAACGAGGCCAUCGAGUUCAGCUACGACCUGGAGAAUGACCUGCCAGAGGGUGUGACGCAGGAGAUGGUGAAAUCGGGCUUCUUCAACGAGAGCGACUCCAAGGUCGUCGCGAAGUCAAUCCGCGACCGGGUCACGCUGAUCAAGAAGUCCCGCGAGACGCGGCAGCUACUGCGCGGCUACGAGGAGCGUCGCGACUCCCAGACCCCCUCGCUAGGGGGCAGCAUGUCCACCUGCUCCCAGCUCAGCGGCCUGCUGCCCUCCCUCAGCCAGCCUGCAGGGGGCGUGGCGGCGGCACCAGUGACCGGAGGGACCCUGGGUGAUGAUGAGGAGCUCACUGAGGUGGACCAGCAUGUGAGGCAGCAGCAGCAGCAACAGCAACAGCAGCUUGGGCAGAGCUCCGCUUUCACAGGUGACGGUGUCGGGGAGAGCUGUGCCGGUCCUGCUGUAUUCUCGGACCCUGGUGCUGACCAGCUCCUCAGCGCACACCACCAGGUUCCCAGCAUGCAGCAGGCUGACCCGGGACUGCACCAGCAGUACCAGCAAGCCCAGCAACCACAGCCGGGCAGCUACCAGCAAGGCACUGCGCACCUCGAUGCCUCUCAGCAGUCUGGCGCGGUCCUGUCGGACUCUUCCACCGGCCCGGCUCCUGCUGCCUCCACCACAAACCCCGGCCCCUGCCUGAUGGCUCUCCCCCAGCCUCAGACACAGGCUUUCCGGGCUGGGUUGUGCCCCCAAGGAGGGGGCCCUGGACAGACGGCAGCAGCUGUCGCGGAUCCGAGCGAUUCCGCAGACCCUCGGGUUGUACCACAACAAAGUGUCCAGCAGCCGCAGCAUCAAACCCAAACAGCACAGGUCACCCGGCACCAGUCCGACUCCUUACAGAUUCAGCAGGCUUUAAUGCAGCAGCAGCAGCAGCAGCAGCAGCAGCAGGCUUUCUUGACUCAGCAACAGCAGUUGCAGUUGCAAGGAGGAAUGACCGAGACGCAAAUGCAGGCGCAUUCAGUGCAGCAGCAGCAACAGCUCUUAAUGCAGCAGCAGGUGGAUCCACAGGCUUUUCUAUCGCAGCAGCAGCAGCAUCAGCCGGGACAGCAAGCCGCGUCGAUGGGGCAAGCUGCACAGUUUCAGGCGGAGCAGCAUUAUUUACUACAGCUGGCUCAACUCUCCUCAACGCAGCAGCAAGCAGAGCGCACUCAGCAGGUUUACAUGCCGGUGCCUGUGUGCAACCCUCAACAGCAACGACAACAGCACCAGGCAGCAAGCGCGCAGGCACUGGCACAGCCAGCUGUGGUUCAGCAGGGCCAGUUGCCAGCGGCUGGAUUGACGCCACAAAAACAACCACAGUUACAGCAGCAACAGCCGGUCCAAGCUCAACAGGACCUGUUACUGCAGCAGCAACAACAGGCUCAGUUGCAGCAGCAGCAGCAGCAGCAGCAACAGGACCUGAUAAAACAGCAUCAGCAGGAACAGGCUCAAUUGCAGCAGCAGCAGCAAGCCCAGUUACAAUGUCAACAGCAGCAACAGCAACAAGCUGCUCAAGUUCAACAGGACCUGUUACUGGAUCAAUUACAGCAGCAGCAACAACAGCCGGUUCAAAUUCAGCAGGAUCUGUUACUACAGCAACAGGCUCAAUUGCAGCAGCAGUUAGAGGCUCAGCAACAGCAGCAGACCCAGUUACAAUCUCAACAGCAACAACAACAACAGCCACAGCCAGAUCAAGUUCAACAGGCUCAGCUACAGCAGCAGCAGCAACAGGCUCAAUUGCAGCAGCAGCAGCAACAGGCUCAAUUGCAGCAACAGGCUCAGCUUCAGCAGCAGGCUCUGUUACAGCAGCAGUUAGAGGCUCAGCUACAGGCUCAGCUACAGCAGCAGCAGCAACAGGCUCAAUUGCAGCAGCAGCAGCAACAGGCUCAAUUGCAGCAACAGGCUCAAUUGCAGCAACAGGCUCAAUUGCAGCAACAGGCUCAAUUGCAGCAGCAGGCUCUGUUACAGCAGCAGUUAGAGGCUCAGCAACAGCAGCAGACCCAGUUACAAUCUCAACAGCAACAGCAGCCACAGCCGGAUCAAGUUCAACAGGCUCAAUUGCAGCAGCAGGCUCUGUUACAGCAGCAGUUAGAGGCUCAGCUACAGGCUCAGCUACAGCAGCAGCAACAGGCUCAGCUACAGCAGCAGCAACAGGCUCAAUUGCAGCAGCAGGCUCAGCUUCAGCAGCAGACUCUGUUACAGCAACAGUUAGAGGCUCAGCAACAGGCUCAACUACAAAAACAGCCGGUUCAAAUUCAGCAGGAUCAAUUACAGCAGCAGCAGCAACAGGCUCAAUUGCAGCAACAGGCUCAAUUGCAGCAACAGGCUCAGCUACAGCAGCAGCAACAGGCUCAAUUGCAGCAGCAGGCUCAGCUACAGCAGCAGGCUCUGUUACAGCAGCAGUUAGAGGCUCAGCAACAGGCUCAGCUACAGCAACAGACCCCGUUACAAUCUCAACAGCAACAACAACAGCCACAGCUGGAUCAACAGGACCUAUUACAGCAGCAGCAACAGGCUCAGCUACAGCAGCAGCAGCAGACUCAGCUACAGCAGCAGCAACAACAGGCUCAGCUACAGCAGCAGCAGCAACAGGCUCAAUUGCAGCAGCAGCAGCAACAGGCUCAAUUGCAGCAGCAGCAGCAACAGGCUCAAUUGCAGCAACAGGCUCAGCUUCAGCAGCAGGCUCAGCUUCAGCAGCAGGCUCAGCUUCAGCAGCAGGCUCUGUUACAGCAGCAGUUAGAGGCUCAACAGCCGGAUCAACAGGACCUAUUACAGCAGCAGCAACAACAGGCUCAGCUACAGCAGCAGCAGCAGCAACAGGCUCAAUUGCAGCAGCAGCAACAGGCUCAAUUGCAGCAACAGGCUCAGCUUCAGCAGCAGUUAGAGGCUCAGCAACAGCAGCAGACCCAGUUACAAUCUCAACAGCAACAACAACAACAGCCACAGCCAGAUCAAGUUCAACAGGCUCAGCUACAGCAGCAGCAGCAGCAACAGGCUCAAUUGCAGCAACAGGCUCAGCUUCAGCAGCAGUUAGAGGCUCAGCUACAGCAGCAGACCCAGUUACAAUCUCAACAACAACAACAGCCACAGCUGGAUCAACAGGACCUAUUACAGCAGCAGCAACAACAGGCUCAGCUACAGCAGCAGCAGCAACAGGCUCAGCUACAGCAGCAGCAGCAACAGGCUCAGCUACAGCAGCAGCAGCAACAGGCUCAGCUACAGCAGCAGCAGCAACAGGCUCAAUUGCAGCAGCAGCAACAGCAACAGGCUCAGCUACAGCAACAGGCUCAAUUGCAGCAGCAGACUCUGUUACAGCAACAGUUAGAGGCUCAGCAACAGGCUCAGCUACAAAAACAGCCGGUUCAAAUUCAGCAGGAUCUAUUACUACAGCAGCAGCAACAGGCUCAGCUACAGCAGCAGCAACAUGCUCAAUUGCAGCUACAGCAGCAGCAACAGGCUCAGCUACAGCAGCAGCAACAGGCUCAAUUGCAGCAACAGCAACAGGCUCAGCUACAGCAACAGGCUCAAUUGCAGCAGCAGGCUCAGCUACAGCAGCAACAGCAGGCUCUGUUACAGCAACAGACCCAGUUACAAUCUCAACAGCAACAACAACAACAGCCACAGUCGGAUCAACAGGACCUAUUACAGCAGCAGCAACAGGCUCAGCUACAGCAACAACAGGCUCAAUUGCAGCAACAGGCUCAAUUGCAGCAGCAGGCUCUGUUACAGCAACAGUUAGAGGCUCAGCAGCAGGCUCAGCUACAAAAACAGCCGGUUCAAAUUCAGCAGGAUCUAUUACUACAGCAGCAGCAGCAACAACAACAGGCUCAGCUACAGCAACAGCAACAGACUCAGCUACAGCAACAGCCGGUUCAAAUUCAGCAGGCUCAAUUGCAGCAGCAGCAGCAACAGCUACAGGGUCAGCAACAAGCCCAGUUACAGCAACAAAAACAACACACACAACAACACACACAACAACAGCCGGUUCAAAUUCAGCAGGACCUGUUACUGCAGCAGCAACAACAGGAUCAAUUACAGCAGCAUCAGCAACAGCCGGUUCAAAUUCAGCAGGAUCUGUUACUACAGCAACAGCAACAGGCUCAGCUACAGCAGCAGCAACAUUUACAGGGUCAGCAACAAGCCCAGUUACAGCAACAAAAACAACACACACAACAACACACACAACAACACACACAACAACAGCCGGUUCAAAUUCAGCAGGACCUGUUACUGCAGCAGCAACAACAGGAUCAAUUACAGCAGCAGUUAGAGGCUCAGCAACAGCAGCAGACCCAGUUACAAUCUCAACAGCAACAACAACAACAGCCACAGCCGGAUCAACAGGACCUAUUACAGCAGCAGCAACAACAGGCUCAAUUGCAGCAGCAGCAGCAACAGGCUCAAUUGCAGCAGCAGCAACAGGCUCAAUUGCAGCAACAGGCUCAAUUGCAGCAGCAGGCUCUGUUACAGCAGCAGUUAGAGGCUCAGCUACAGCAACAGACCCAGUUACAAUCUCAACAACAACAACAGCCACAGCCGGAUCAACAGGACCUAUUGCAGCAGCAGCAACAGCAACAGAAGCAACAGCCUGCCCAUGUCCCUCCGCAGUACCACAUUCAGCUACAGCAUCCUGUGACUGUCCCUCUGUACAGCCAAGUGGUGGCAGGGGUCCCCGCACAGUCCAUGCCAACGGCUGCAGCAGCUCAGCCCUGCCUGGGCAACACAGCAGCCAGGCCACCCGGACAGCAGGCAGCUGAGAGCCAGCGGUCGGGGGCCCAGGUUUAUUCCCGUAGCAGUUCCUCCACGUUCCCUGAUUUCCCCGGCCCCUCUAGCUCUCACCCCGUCCUGCCCGCUCCCUACCCGGGGGGUGGCUCCGAGGCUGCCCUGUCUUCUCUGCCGCAGUCUGUGGAUCAACAGGAGCCCCCGGUCCCCACUCCCAGCGCUGGAGCCACCCCCGCAGAUAGCACUCGAGUUCAGGAACUACAGGCGAAGUCUCAGCACACGAGCAGAAAAAGUUUUCAGCAGUCGGUACAAAAGCAAGACUCUGUCCCCGGAGGCCCUCUGGAUGUGCAGAACGCUGCAACGGUGGAGGAGGGGGCUGGGGGGAACGGCAAGCGAGACAAACCCAAACCCCAGAGGAGAACAUCCUGCCAGAGAGCGGACAAGAACACCCGCUUCCAACUCACCAUGCUGCAGGUCUCCUCGAGUGGAGACAACAUGGUGGAGUGCCAGCUGGAGACCCACAAUAACAAGAUGGUGACCUUCAAGUUUGACACGGACGGAGACGCACCCGAGGACAUUGCAGAGUACAUGGUGGAGGAGGACUUUGUGCUGGACCUGGAGAAGGAGAAGUUUGUGGAGGAUCUGCGGUGCAUCGUGGGUCGAGCCCUGGAGAUCCUGCAGACCGGAUCGAUGGAUCAGAUCAACACCCCUCCCCCACCUCCACUGGAUUCCUCCCAGUCCUCCCCAGUAGGUCGCUGGCGGUUCUUCAUCAACCAGACCAUCAGACACCGCGAGUCCCAGUCUGGCCAGGGCGCCCCCCUGACCCCUGCUGGAGACUCUGCAGAACUGCAGCCUAAAGAUGAUGACACUGCUGCAGCUGAAGAGGGCUGGCAGACACCCGCGCAGCCUCUACCUGGCUCUGCACUGCUCCCAGACCCCUCCUCUUCCACGACCGCCGUGCCAGCUGCUGAAUCUACUGUGGGGGGGGUCUUGCAGGCUGGGGUGGGGGGUCCCCAAACCCGUGCCGCUGCGAUCGAAGGAGAGGAACCAACGAGCGCAACAGCAGCGCCUCAACAAAGCACCGCAGAAGAACGAGCCCCGAUCCCAGAGGACCCAUCGUCCGCGCCCGAACGACAAGAACCGGAGCGCAGCGCCACCCAGCAGCCUGGCGUUCAGCCCCUCGCCCUGACCCCCCUGGGGACCCCCCAGAACCAGGGCGGGACCCCAGCCUCCAACCCCAGCCCGGCCCAGCCCUCCUCGGUGCCGGAGUCGGACGGGGAGGGCCCCCCAAAGAUGGACUUCGUGGACAACCGCAUCAAGACUCUGGACGAGAAGCUGCGGACCCUGCUGUACCCGGAGCACAGCGGGACAGGGGCCCCUGUGGCCCCCCUGACAGCCUCGGAGGAGGGACCUGCGGGGGAGGAGGCCGCUGCAGGAGUGGAGACCCCCCCGGACUCCAAGCCUUCCUCCUCCUCCUCCUCCUCUUCCAGGUCAUCCUCCUGCUCGGAUCUCGCCGCGGUCAGCGCCAGUCAGGGGUCGGAGGUCACCGAGGUCACGCAGUUGUCCGGGGGCGGGGGCGGGGGGGCAGUGUUUCAGGUUCCUGCCCCCGCGGGGAGGGAAGGGGUAGGUCUCGCUUGCCCCUCCCAGCCUGCGGGGAAUCAGCUGCCCCCUCCCUGCUCUUUCUCCUGCCCCCUGUUUGGUCGAGACGGCCCCUCUGCUGCGGUCCGGACUCUGCCCGUUGAGCCGGCCGUGUUUGCGAUCCUCCCCCACUCUGAAGCCUCUUCCCCUGCAGACCCAGGGCAGGGAGCCCUCCGAGCCGGAGCUCACAAGCUGCAAGCAGGAGGUGGAUAUUUUGGCCUAAGCUUUACUUGUCCUAGUCUCAGAAACGCUGUUAGCAAGAAAUCGUGGACUCGCAAAUUGAAAAGCUGGGCGUUCAAGCUCCGGCACUCAAGCAGCCUUUUCAAGAGGUCAAGAGCCCGCCAAGAGGGCAGUUUGAGCCACGCUGGUGAACUGUUUGAAUCCACUUCCAUUGUGGAGCGCAGUGAGGGGCCCGACACUGACCCCAGCCAGGCCAGCGAGGGGCCGCAGCAGAGGGGUCGCUUCCAGGUCAUGACUGUUCCUCAAGAAACCACACCCACUCCCCCAAGAACUGCAGAUGGGGGGUCCCCCGACCACAACGUGGGUUCGGAGGAGGAUGGCGGGUCCCCCGAACACAACGUGGGUUCGGAGGAGACUGGGGGGUCCCUCGUAUUCACUGGGGACUCGUCGGAGCAGGAGAAGACAGUGGGCCGGUUCUCAGUGAGGCGAGCCUUGGGACACCAACAGCAGAACCUGGGUCCCAGCCCCCAGCUCCCCGGAGAGACAGACAGCUCCUCCGUCACCCCAGAGCAAGGCUCCGAGUCCAGAUCCCCCUCCUCCUCCUCCUCCUCCUCCUCUUCCUCCUCGCAGUCGGGGGGCUGGGCCAGCCCAGUGCAGCCCAGCACAGACAGGGGGAGCCCCCCUAGGGCCUGCCCCCCCCAGCAGGAGCAGGGAACCUCCUCCUCCUCCCUGAGCAGUGACGAGGAGUCCGAUGAUCUGAGGAGGGAGCUGCACACGCUCAGAGAGAAGCACAUCCAGGAGGUCGUGACUCUCCAAGCCCAGCAGAACCGGGAGCUGCAGCAGCUGUACGUGCAGCUCCGCCAGCUGAAGGGGUGCAAGGACCCCCCGGCGCCCCACGGGCUGCCCUCGCAGUGCCUGUCUCCCCGCCGGACACGCUCCACCAAGGGGAAGCUACGCAGCCGCCCCCAGAAAGACAACGGGAUCCUGAACAACACUGGUGUUCAGCCGAUCUGCUGCCUCUCUGGUCCCUCCUCCUGUCUGCUCAGCCCCACCUCCUCGCUCUUCGAUUCCCACAUGAACGUCCAGGAGCCCCUGCAGAGCCAGGUGGUCACAGAGCAAGGUCCUGUGAUGUGCAGCAAUGCCAACGCCUGCCAGCAGGGCUCAGCCAAUAAGAAGGGCACGUUCACGGAUGAGCUGCACAAGCUGGUUGAUGAUUGGACGAAGGAGACGGUGGGCACCGCCCACACGAAGCCCAGCCUGAACCAGAUCAAGCAGAUUCAACAGAAGCAGGAGAUCGGUACCUGGAGCAAGCCUCCCGAGGGGUCUCCAGUUGGGUGGUUCUCGUCGGUGACUCCGGUCCACAGCGAGACGAUCCCGGGCCCAGUCCCAGUCCCUUCCAUCCCAGUCCAGACUGGUACCCCCCUCAUCCUCCUCCUGCUUCCAAGCAGCCCCUCCUGCUGUGGGCCCGGUGGGGGUGGUACCCUCGUACCCGGCUCCACACCCAUGUACCUACAACACAGGAAGUACCAGCUACCCAGCACAGCCCUGGACAGGAAGCCCAGCUGUCUCCUCCACACAGACGACUGCCAGCCAGAUCCCCUCCACUGGGAACGGGAUACAAACUAGGGUGCAGCCAGGACACAAAUAGGGGAGAGAGGAGAGAGGGGAGAGAGGGGAGAGGGGAGAGGAGAGAGAGAGGGGAGAGAGAGGGGAGAGGAGAGAGAGAGGGGAGAGAGAGGGGAGAGCGGGAAGAGAGGGGAGGGGAGAGAGGAGAUAGUGGAGAGGGGAGAGCAGGAAGAGAGGGGAGAGGGCAGGAAGGAGCAGGAGGGGUGGGCAAGGAGAAGAGGCUGCCUGCCUGCC